AAUAGUUGUUUUAGUCUUCUGGCUGUGCUCGAGCUGUGCGCACUCAAAUUUUCCAUUUUAAUAACUUGAUUUGAGAAAAAAAGCUAAACUUGCCUAUUGGAAUAAGUAUCAAUUCAGAAAUCUAGUCAUGUACAAUCCAAAGAACCAAGUGCCCAACGAGGAGGAGAUACGCACUCAGAAUGCUAAGAAACUGAAUAAAAUGAAUAUGGAUAAAAUGUUGCCGGUGCUGCCGAAGAAGACGCCCUGGCAGGAGGCAGUCGAGAUGCUGCUGACCAACAACCUGGAGAAGGAUGUGAAGAUAACAAUCGGAAAGAAGGUCUUCGAAUGCCACAGCUGUGUGCUGCGCACAUUCUGCGAGCUAUUCACCGGCACACUGCGUCCGGGCAACAAUGUCAGCCUGCCGGAGGAUAAGGUGACCGCGGAUGCCUUCGACAUAGCCUACAACUGGAUGAUCAACUCGAACAGCAAUUGCCAGCGUGGCAAGCUGUUGGAUCUGCUGCUGGCGGCACAGUAUCUGUGUGCCACAAAACUGUUGCAGAGCGUUGUUGGUGCUCUGAACGAUGAGCGCUACUUUUCCAAUGUGGAUGCACUGAGCUGUUUUGCCGAGGCCUGCAGCAAGGGCAUUGAUAGCGUUGCGGAACUGAUGAUAAAUCGCUUUGGCAAAACGUUUCUGGUGCUGGUUUCAUCGGAGGAAUAUCGCGAGCUGGACGUGCACGAGCUGUGCAGCUUGCUUGGCUCCGAUUUGCUGGGCGUGCACACCGAGGUGGAGGUAUUCUAUGCGGCCUUGAUGUGGGUGCUCACCGAUUAUCAGGAGCGCAAGAUGCAUUUGCGUCGCGUCCUAAAGAUGGUGCGCUUUGAGCUGAUGCCGUCGCUGGUUUUGCUCAAUUUUGGCGAACGACUCAAUGAACUAAUGCCGGAUGCCGUGGAUUUGAUGUUCUUUUUGCUGCAUCUGGCCGUGAUCAAUAGCCAGGCGCGUUCGAGCAUGCCGCUGGCCAAGGACGGACUGCGUCAUCGCAUCUACAUCAGAGAUCCCAAGUGCCCCUAUUUGCAUUUGCUUGAGAAUCGAACUGAAGAGCUGAGCGCUACGCUUUUCAGGGACUAUAUCGUAUCGCUGGAAGACGAUUACGAGCCCUUUCAAGCACGCAUAACAGAGGUAAUCGAGGGGGAGGCCGCACAGUAAACGCGUUUAAAUGAGAAUCCCAGUUACACACACACAAACCAUAUUAAAUGCGUUCUAAUAAACUAUUGAUGCUACUCGAA